GGCAAUUUCUACAUAACAUUCCUGUUGGCGGGUUUGAUGGAACUUCCGGCACAACUCUUCACCCCUAUAUUCCUGCGAUAUAUCGGUCGACGAAAACUGUACGCAAUGUUUAUGAUAAUUACAGCCCUGUCUUGUGUGGCAGUGAUUCCCGCCCAGAGCUCAUGGCUUCGGGUAUUGUUUGCUUUGGUGAGCAAAUACGGGAUCAGCACCUCUUGGAAUGUACUCACUAUUCAUGGAUCAGAAAUCUAUCCGACAGUUAUCCGCAACACAGGAAUGGGCGUCGCGUCUGUUGUCGCUCGUAUCGGCUCUAUUAGCGCACCCUUUAUGGGAAAUCUGUAUCCGCCACUAAUAGGUACCGCUAUAGUUAAGCCAUUUGUAUCGCCGUAUCUGAAGAAUAUAUUCUGCAGAGAAGUGCUGCCAGUUUUGUGUGUCUUCAAGAAUACGACAUUAGUUUGCGAUUCACAUGAAUUGUAG